AUGGCGCCGGUUCCGAAGACCGUGGGACGGAUAAAGCUAGACUGCCCUCUGCAGUCCAGCUCCCCGCUGGAGGUCACUGCUGUCCCCAGACUCUGCAAGGAAUUCUAUCCUGAGGACUACGGCGAAGAGGACAUAGUGGAUUUUCUUCGACGGCUUGUGGAGAGUGAUCCCCAGGGCCUGCACCGGAUCCAUGUGGAUGGGAGCAGCGGGCGGCUGCAGCUGUGGCACCAUGAUGACCUCCUAGACCAUUCCAGUGAUGAGGGGGGAACGACUGAACAGAGCAGCAGGGGCAAGGGGGCUGAGGGACUGGGCACCUACUGUGGCCUCCGCAAGUCCUUCUUAUACCCAGCCCAUGGAUCUGAGCCCAGCCCUCAAAACCUCUCUGCCUCUGCAGCCUCUUCCGGUGUCUCAGACAGCCUGCUCCAACUGGCCAUGCCCCAGAAGCUCCAGGUGACAGAAGAGGAAGCCAACCGCCUGGCUGAGGAGCUGGUGGCUGAGGAGGAGCGCAUGAAAAAGAAAGCAGAGAAGAAACGACUCAAGAAGAAGCGUCAAAAGGAACGAAAGCGACAGGAGCGUUUGGAGCAGGGCUGUGGGGACCCCAGGGCCAAAGCUACCCCCGAUGGAGAUGAGAGCCCCCCAUCCAGCCCUGGGAACUCAAUUCAGGCACAGUGUGGUGAAGAAGAGGACUCACUGGAUCUAUCUAGCACUUUUGUGUCUCUGGCUCUGCGCAAGGUUGGGGAUUGGCCCUCCAGUGCCCACAGAGAGAAGGGACUGAGCCAGGAGCUGGAAGGUAGGGGCUCAGCACCCCAGAAGAAGACAGACCCAGAGGAAGGGAGCUCUCCAAGGGAGGAAAGACUCAAGCAGUGUCCUAAGGCAGAGACAUCUCCGGGACAGCUGGCAGCUGCCUUACAGCAGAGCCAGGAGCUGGCAGAGUUGGGUACCAGUUUUGCUCGAAAUGGUUUCUACCAUGAGGCUGUGAUCCUCCUCACCCAGGCCUUGAAGCUUAACCCCCAGGACCACCGGUUGUUUGGAAAUCGCUCCUUCUGCCAUGAGCGGCUGGGUCAGCCAGUGCAAGCCCUGGCCGAUGCCCAAGUGGCACUUACCCUACAGCCCGGUUGGCCCCGAGGCCUCUUCCGCCUGGGCAAAGCCUUGAUGGGACUCCAGCGCUUCAGGGAGGCAGCCGCUGUGUUUCAGGAGACUCUGAGAGGUGGGACCCAGCCUGAUGCAGCCUGGGAGCUCCACUGUUGCCUUCUCCAGCUCACUCUGCAGGAUCAGCAAGGAGGAAUCCAUGCGGCACCUCGGACCACUGGAGCCCCCCGGCUGUUUCCCCAUGCUGAGCUGAGAACCUCAGGCCUACUCUCCCUUAGUUACCCUCGAAGCACUGCCCCAAGGGCCCCUGGCCUUCUGUCUCCACAUGCACAUUAUUCCCCGCGUCACUGGAGCCAGCCCACCUGGCACCUCCCCCAGGCUCAGAAUAGAAGACCCCACCUUCCCCAUCUCCAGGAGCUUUCAAAGGACUGGGACAUCCUGGGACUUGGGACCCAGUAUCUACCUCAGGCUGGACAAGGAAGGACUGAUCCUUCAUAGGGCAAGGCCAUGUGUAUCCCCCACAGGGAUGGGGACAUUGUGUGGUGACAGGCCAUUGCAUAUCUUGAGACCUUAUUCUCUCGAUCCAUAGUUAAGGACACCCCUGGCACGGGAAAACUUCUGAUGAGAGAAAGGAGCCCCAUGUCCACUGAAACAUCUUUACUUUGGUUCUCAAGCAGAUGGCUUCUUCUGGGGAUGGUAAAGAAAAAUAAAACCCACCAAGAAGGCAGUUGUAUAAAAGCAGGGUAGGGCUGGCUCUGCUUCUCGGCCCUGGGGCUGCCUUCAUCAGCUAAAGCUCCCUGCUCUGGACCGGGGUCACAGUGACGAUGAGGUGGGAGUCUUGCCUCUCAGCUUGAUGGAUGCUCACCUCUUCCUAACCACAGCUCCUGCCGUUUUUUCCAGCCACAGCCCCAUUUGCUCCCAGUCCCUCAUGCCCUGUUUCCUGUCCACAUUGCUAUGCAUACUCUGGCCUCCCCUUUGUCCAGCAGUCUGAUGCUCACCUCUUCUCACUGCUAGAAGAUUCACCAAGGGUUUGCAUUCGGGAAAUCCCUUACCAGCACCUGCGUGGAGCUGGCAGGGCCCUAUAUCUCCAUACUCCCAACUGCUGGCUCUCCUGCUGAAUGGGCCUUGUCAGAUGCCUGGCUUGCAGCUACCUUGGCCACUCUCUUUCUCCACCCAGAAUGGGGGAUUACCAUUAACCUUCCCCGUGUGAGCUUACUUGGUUUUUCCACCAGGGUCACUGUCCCAAAGAAGACUAUAAUUCUCUACUUCCUGUGUAAGAAUCAUGAUCUUUUGGUUUCUCUUCUGCGUUCCUGGCAGCUUCUCCUGGCUUGUUCCUCCCUAGUCCUGCCUGGGACUUUCUGCUCAUUUAAGUGUGGAUCUGCAGGGGACAUUUUAGUCCCCCUACUCCCCAGUACCUUUCACAGAGGAACCAUUCAUUAGGUUAAACGAUUAUUACUGCCCAUGGGUCUUGCUCAAUACUGUCAUACCUGGAGAUAGGAGGUGUUGAAACAUCUCUUUUACAUAGGACUUUCCCAAUUUAUUUUUUAUUUUUUAAAAGACAGGGUCUCACUAUUUUACCCAGGCUAGUCUCAAA